AUGGAUGCUAAUCAACAAAAUCCACAAAAGAAAGCUUGGCCUCCAAAUCCACUUAGCAAGAGCAUUACUCAAGGAGAUCUUGCCAAGCGCCUUGACCCAUUCUAUCUACCUAAUCUCUUUGAUGGGUUUGAAGAUAGUAAAUACGGAUUGCUUGUUGAUGAUGUUGUGAGACUUUGUAAGCUGAAACGUGACUACUCGAGUGGUUAUAUCUCGCUGGCAGAUAUUGAAGCUAGAGAAGAGAAAAAACCAGCCAAGUCUGCUAAUAUUAUUAUUAGCGAACCAACCAAGUCUACUAAUAUUAUUAUCAGCGAACCAGCCAAGUCUGCUGAUAUUAUUAUCAUCGAUUCAGAUGAUGUGUUGCCUCAAGAAUCAGUUAUUCCUCCAGAUGAUAAACGAUCGAAGAAGCUCAAGGAAGUGAUUGUUGUGGAUGAUGAUGAGCCUUGGUUUUAUGCUAAUGAUAAGUUGACUAUAGGCUCGGCUUCUACUAGUAAUGCUGUUCGAAACAGUUCUUAUGAUGUUGUGAUGUAUGGAAAUAGCUCAGGAUGUCUUCAAGAAGGUUGUGUUGGGGAGGGUUCAUCGAGGAAUUCUAUUGAUAAUGACAAUCAAACUCCUCUAUAUGUAGAGGCAAAAAAAUAAGAAGAACAUUAGAGGCAGAUGGAUUUUGCUCAAGAAUCAAUUAUGGUUACUUCUUUUACAUUUUAAUUCAGUCAAUCACAUAGC